GGAGUACUAUUAAUUUUAGUUAAAAGAAUUAUCCUGUUCCACAAUGGCGAGGGUUGUUCGGAAUCUUCUCUUACGCUCAUCCGCCGUUCCGACACCGCUCAAAUUCCACGACCUCCGUCUUCCCGGCAGCUUUAGUUUCUCCACUUCUGCUUCAAUUCGCAGUAAAGCUCGCAAAAACAAAGGCAAAAACUUGGAGAAGAGCAGCAAUAUUAGUGUAAUUAACCAAAGCAAGCUUUCACAAGUGAAGCGACGGACUCGGUCGGAGAAAGAGCUGGAUGAGGAGGCGUUCCUGAAGAACUAUGGAAAUGACAAUUCUGCCCAUGUCCCUGUCUUGCUCGGUGAAGUUUUGGAUGUAUUCACCUCCGUUACUCUCCGCUCUUUCCUUGAUUGUACUCUCGGUGCCGCCGGCCAUUCCUCUGCGAUAAUUCGAGCUCAUCCCGAAAUGCAAGUAUAUGUUGGGCUUGAUGUUGAUCCCAUUGCGCAUCAAAAGGCUCAAUCUCAGCUGAAGAGUAUUAUAGAUAGGGACUCUUUUGAUACGGCUUCCGCCUUGAAAGUGCAUACCUUUUUGAAAAAUUUUAAGGACGUCAAGUCUGUGCUUGGUGAAGUUGCAGAUGACUUAUUGAUUGGUGGAGUUAAUGGGAUCUUGAUGGACUUGGGUAUGUCAUCUAUGCAGGUAAAUGAUGCUGGAAGAGGUUUUAGCGUGCUGAAGAAUGGACCUCUUGACAUGAGAAUGAAUCCAAAGGCAACUCUAAAAGCUGAAGACAUAUUGAAUUCUUGGCCAGCUGAUGAAGUAGGGCGAGUUCUGCGAGAAUAUGGAGAAGAAAGCAAUUGGUACUCUCUUCAAAACAGAAUUGUUAAGGCUCGUCUACAUGGAGGGUUACAUUCUACCAAUGAGCUGGUAGACCUUAUUCAGAAUUCAACUUCUAGGACGAAAGGAAGGCAAGGUUGGAUUAAGACCGCGACAAGAGUUUUUCAGGCUUUGCGGAUAGCUGUUAAUGAUGAACUCAAGACUUUGGAGGAUUCCAUCUGUGCUUGUUUUGAGUCUCUCAGUUCUGGUGGUAGGCUUGCCGUAAUUUCAUUCCACAGUUUGGAGGACAGAAUAGUAAAGCAGGCAUUUCUCAAUAUUAUGAACUGCAGUGAAGUUGAUGGAGGUGGGGUUGAAGAUGAAGAAGUGAAGCGCUUACGUGAGCUGAGGAAAAUUAAUCUGGAUACUGUUAAAGAGGAAGCAUGGAUUAAACAGGUGAUACAAGGACAAAAUGGAACUAUCCUUACAAAAAGACCCAUAACACCAUCUGAAAAGGAGGAAACACUGAAUCCUCGAAGCCGGAGUGCUAAACUAAGAGUAAUUCAAAAAGCCUGAAGAAAGGUGGUUUCAUAGACGUAUUGGACCUUGAGGAGAUCUUUCUCUCGAAGAUGAGGAGCUUUACCAAUUGUUCAACAUCUAAAGUUAAGUAAUCACAACUUUUUCUUGAUCGUCCUUCAACUUUAUUCGUCUUGAAUAGUUUUCCUCACAAGUAAUUAAGCCUUAUGAAGCUCUAGCUCCUCUGGACUUGUCAUACAUUUCAAUGAUUCACCAAUUUGGUACCACAUUCCAAUCAGCUUAUCAUCACAUUGUUCGAUCAAGGAAAUGGUGGUCCUGUAUGUA